ACUCUCCUUUUCUGCGCGGUGCUGUGCUGGAAAAUGGCUGUGUAGGGAGCUGAGAGUCAUGUGCAGCAAAAGAAAGAAAGGGAGAAAGAAAGAAACCGGACUAGAAGUAAUCAAAGGAGGUGGACGACUUUAAAGUAUUGAGGGAAAGAACAGGUGAAAGAUAAGGAAACUCGCUGUCUGCAUUUCGACGUGUUAAAGUGCCGCCACAGCGAGAUAUUUGGAAGAAGUAUCUGCGUCUGCGGGUUGUCACCGUCCAGAUCAGGAGGAGCCUGAAAGAAUCAAGGACUAUUAUCGUGUCCUACUCUGCCCCCCCACAGACAACACGGGUAGACUGCCUCGGUUCGUUAGGUUUAGAGCCUGUCCAGCUAGUUUUUGUCACUUGAAGGAGCAUGUUGCCAACCCUGUCCCUCUGUUCCAUCAUUUGGUUAAACCGGGGUAUCAAGCUGAGGAAAGUGCUCCACAGCGCCAACACCGGCCUGCUCUGAGGCAGCAGCACCCUACCUACCUUCCUCCAUUGACUCUGCCAUUUUAGCAAUGCUUCUUAGCUUCGGUUAAUAGUUCUUAACAGCCACUACUCAUCACCCACUACUGCCUGUACAUUUCUGGGUUGCCGUAGCAUCGGGCCGACAUUCGCAUUCUCUCAGCGUCUUCGGCAGCUUUUCUCGGUUUCCCAAAAUGGCGGUCGAGGGUUUUCAGUACCGUGCCCUCUACGUGUACACCAAGGACUUGGAGGAAGAUGUUGAUCUGCAGCCCGGGGACAUUCUGACCGUCAGCAAGGCCUCCCUACUCUCCCUGAACUUCAAGGAGGGGGACGAGGAGCGUCCCGAGCUCCUAGGCUGGCUGCUGGGCUUCAACGAGCGGACCAAACAGAGGGGGGACUUCCCGGGGACAUACGUUCAGUUUGUGGGUCACGUGAGGAUGUCACCGCCAUCCAGUCAGCCUCGCUCCCAAAGAAUCCUCCCAGCAGCCCCAGGGCCUGAGCUGUCACAGCAAGCUGUUUCUCUUCUGGAUUUGACUGAGCAGUUCACACCGCCAGAAACUGCUCCCCCUACCCUGGUGAACCUAGUGGAGGCCAUUGAGAAGAAAGGUCUGGACAGCAAGACACUGUACAGGACACGUCUCGCAUCCGCCUCAGAUGGCCCAACACAGAGUCAGAGAGAGGAGGUGGAGUCGGGGCCUGGUAGUGACGUGGGCGCCGUGUCGGAGUGUUUACUCCGCUACCUGCGGGAACUGCCAUCCCCCGUCAUCCCCCCCGGUGUUUACCCAGACCUGCAGGCUGUGCUGCAGCAGGGCGCCACGGGUACAUGCCACAUUUCACUCACCCCUGCUUGUGCGCAACCAGUGCCCCCCACCAACCCAUCCCCAGCCCCGACGAAACAGACCCAGGCAAUAGCAAACUGGUCCAAGGCUGUGGCGGCGAGCAGCAGUGGAGGCAGGGAGCUGAGCCUGGUCCUGGAGAGGGCCACCAGCAUGUCCCUGCAUCACCACCUCACCCUGCACUACCUGCUCACACACCUGGGUAAGGUGGUCCAGACCUCCCAUCUUAAUGGCCUGGACCUUCACACCUUGGGUCUGGUCUUCGGGCCGCUGCUGAUCCGGCACAGCUCUGCCACUGGGUGGGAGGUGGGGGAGGAGUUCCCUGCACUGGCACUGGAGAGGCUUCUGAUGGAGAUGGCCAUAGGACAGGAAGUCCCGCACCCAGCUCUACCAGCCAUGCCAGUAAAGGUCAAAGAUACAACUCCAGCCAUGACUGAGAGCAGCAUACUGAGUGAUUCGGAGUGGUACUGGGGUGAAAUCUCCAGGGAGGAAGUGAAUGAGAAGAUGAGAGACACCCCUGACGGGACGUUCAUGGUCCGUGACGCCUCCAGCAAACUGGAGGGAGAGUACACACUGACCCUCAGGAAAGGCGGAAACAACAAGCUGAUCAAGGUCUGCCACCGGGAAGGUCGCUAUGGCUUCUCAGAGCCUCUCACCUUUAUCACGGUGGUGGAGCUCAUCAACCACUACCGCCAUGAGUCCCUGGCCCAGUACAACGCCAAGCUGGACACCCGGCUCCUCUACCCCGUCUCCAAAUUCCAGCAGGAGCAGCUGGUGAAGGAGGACAGCACUGAGGCGGUGGGCGAGCAGCUGAAGGUGUACCAUGAGCAGUACCAGGAGAAGAGCUGGGAGUACGACGUGCUCUACGAGGAGUACACACGUACCUCACAGGAGCUCCAGAUGAAGCGCACAGCCAUCGAGGCCUUCAACGAGACCAUCAAGAUCUUCGAAGAGCAGUGUGAGACUCAGGAGCGCUACAGCAAAGAGACCAUCGAGAAGUUCCGUCGUGAAGGCAACGACAAAGAGAUCCAGAAGAUCCAGAGCAACUCGGAGCGUCUGAAGUCUCGGGUGACAGAGAUCCACGACAGCAAGAGGAAGCUGGAGCAGGACCUGAAACAGCAGGCAACCGACAACAGAGAGAUUGACAAGAGGAUGAACAGCCUGAAACCAGACCUCAUGCAGCUAAGGAAGAUCAGGGACCAGUACCUGGUGUGGUUGACACAGAAGGGGACCAGGCAGAAGAAGAUUAAUGAAUGGCUGGGCAUAAAGAAUGAGGCAGAAGACUCCUACUGGCUGGUGGAGGAGGACGAAGGCUCGCCCCACCACGACGACGGCACCUGGUACAUGGGCGACAUCAAGCGCACCCAGGCAGAGGAGCUGCUGAGGGACAAGUGUGACGGCACCUUCCUCAUCCGAGAGAGCCAGACGCAGAAGGGCUCCUAUGCCUGCUCUGUAGUUGUGGACGGCGACACCAAACACUGCGUCAUCUACAAGACGGACAAAGGCUAUGGCUUCGCCGAGCCCUACAACCUUUACGGCUCCCUGAAGGACCUGGUGCUCCACUACAAGCACGAGUCACUGGUCCAACACAACGACCAGCUGAAUGUAACCCUGGCCUACCCGGUCCUCACCCAGACCUAGCAGCAGCACCCCAGAUGAGGGGCAGCAUGGCAUGACGACCCCCAAUGGAGACCAGAGCUUCUAAAGCAUGGCAAAUCAAGCACACUAUGUACUACAGUACCAGCCACAGUAAACAUGAGACAAAAAACAUAGAUGUGUUCGUAGACGAAAAACAACAUAAGCACACAGUUAUGAUAUAAGCUUUCAGACCAUAGUUAGAAGAGCAAGAGGGAAUGAGAGAGGAAAGGAGAGAGUCGGGAAGCUGGAGGGUAAAGAUACUGGAUGUAGAAUAGAUUCUUGGGGGAAGGGAAGUUGAUGCCAGCUUUCAGAUGCAUGGUGCUGAAAAGGAGGGCUGGGGUGGAGGGUCAAACUGUUAGAUUCUAUAAAAAGCUUGCUUAAGUGCCAUAGAGAGCCUUGAUUGACCACAAGCCUGUGUUGGGAAAGAAGGGGACUGUGGGGUGGGUGGGUUGGUGCUGGGAGGGAGAGCAAACUACAGCUUUAGAAAUAUAUAUGAUAGAUAGAUAGAUAGAUAGAUAGAUAGAUAGAUAGAUAGAUAGAUAGAUAGAUAGAUAGAUAGAUAGAUAGAUAGAUAGAUAGAUAGAUAGAUAUUGUUUUUUAAGUCCAAUUUCCAUGAAACUGCCGUGGGCUCUCCUCCAGUUUGUUGUAAGAUAUACAUUCUUUAUGAAAAGAGAUGUGAUAUAUUUGGUGUAUUGUGAAUAUAUAGAUGAUAUUCACAAUAGAUCAAAUAUAUAGUUUAUUGAUGAAUACAGUUUCUAAAGGGAUUCAAGUUUCCCUUUUUCAUUUAAUCAUGGCUAGUGGAGAAAUCCCUCCAAGCUCAUUUCUACAUUUCUGUUCUAGUCAGGAUUGGGGUCAAUUCCAUUUAUAUUCCAGUCAUUUCAGGAAACACACUGAAAUGCCAAUUCCAAUGAUCUUUAAUGCUUUUCAAUGAGGAACAUUUUACAUUGGAAUUUAAUAUACUUUCUGAAUUGAGUGGAAUUCAAAUGGAAUUGACCCCAACUCUGCUUCCAGUGCUUUCUUUUAUACUGUAGCCUGUAGCCAUGAUUGACUAUGGUAUUACUGUUAGUAUUCUUGGUGUUUUUAUUUCUACGUGAAUAUACUCACAGAGCAUCAAUCUAUUGGAUCUUAACUCUCGGUGCUGUAUGGCUUAGUCUCUAGGAAGCCUGUCUAGUACAAUGUUCUUCUCACAAGCGUUUGCUUUUGUCACAGCGUUACUACUACUCACAGUACUUCCUCUUUGAGCUUGAAUUUUGUUUUAAUUUGACACAAGCUUGAUUCACAGAGCUGUAGAACAUUGUUGUACAUAAGAAAACCCCCAGAUUAACGUUAUAUGACCCAUAUAUCUACAGACAGUAACAGGCAGUGUGACUGUCAGUCUAAAAGCUGUAUUUGCUGUACGUAACCAUGCAAACAGAAAGUAUUGAAUGCUUUCCUUUCCAACUGUGUCCCCCCGCAGGGGAAACUGCUGGAGGAUGCACAGUAUCCAGCUAAACUUGAGCCAAAUGAAGGAUGUCUUUCAUGUAGCAAAUAAAAUAUCUGAUCCGUUUUGAGCAUGACCACGGAGGUUCGAGAGAUUUUCUAUAAGUACAGAAUGCAUGUAAAUCCUUCUUUUGGAUAGUACCUAGACACUAGCCCUAGUACUCGUGCUGUUUUAAGUGUGUACGUCUCAUGUCGUAGACCUGUAUAAUGCACAAACAAUAGUAAGUGAAUAAGAAUACAUGGAGAUUUACAGACACACUCACUGUCGAGUGAAUCCCUCCACAGGUACUGAGCAGUACUUUUGUUGUGUGGCUUCAGGGACUUACUCUGCCAAUGCUUCUAUUCCUUUUCCAUAGCAUAGACUUUGUUUGUGUGAAUACACUUCAGCCAAAAUUUGAAGGUUGAUUCUUGACUUAAAGUGAAAAUCCACCCAAACUAUCUUUGGUAUAUUUUUUUUCAUUAGUCCACUUGAUACAGUCCCAAAACAUUUUAGGACUGUAUCAACAGAAACAAAUCUAAACCAUUUUAUUGAAUGGUUUUCCCUUUUAAAGAAACAUCAUGUAAUGAAACUGAGCAUAUCGAGGAUUUAAGUUUGGUGACUUGAUUUAAGUGCUGCGUUUAGAUUCGUUGAGAACAUUUGUAGAAUGAUGGCCACUCCUUUUUGGGCAGUUCUAAACAUGAUAAUUUGCUCAAAGUGUGAUUUAUUCUCGCUCUUUUGGUAAUACAGAUUAAGUAUGAUGCGUAAAUAUUGCAAUUGAACAGUCAUUCAAGUGGAUUGGUUAAUUAGUUAUGGGAAAUUAGAUGGUACAAAUGUUGGUUGGAGACAAAAAUGAUGUUACGGAUAAAUGCAUUGGUACUGUUUAAUGGUGCUUUGCACAGUUCUUGGCCAGAAGACUAGACAAGAAUUAAACUCAAAGUGACAUUAGUUGGGUGUCUUGAGAGGGAUAUAAAAGAGUGUGAAUCACAAAGUUAAGAAGUGCCUUCUCUGUCUGCGUUACUUAGCUCUUGUCUUUAUGUCAGAAGAGCUUCUCUCCUGUUUACAGAGCCACAGUGUACUGUAGUCUUUGUUUAAAAAGCAUUUGCCAAUGUCAUAGCCUGACGACCCGCACUAAAUUCUUCCACUUCUCUGUUGUUCACUACAUACUUUAGUCCGAGACUACCAUCAUUGAAGUCAUUUGUGGUGAGGGGCGUUGUGCAAAAUAAAGUAAUCAGCGAUUAGAUUGUCUCUAACCAAUUAGUGUCAAAGCCAACGACGAAUUUUCAAACCGCCGCUUUACCCACGUGUUCUGGCUCUGGCCCAACCCAUCGGUUUCUGGACCAAUCAGGUGGCCCUGAAUAUAUUUGCAUUCGGUGAUGGGUCGGGGAGGUAUUGCGUAAGAAACUAACGUCCGGGGGUGUGGCAUAGCGUUUGGCUGGAGCAAGGAGUCUGAGUAGCCAGGCAAAUAAUGUCAACCCCUGAAGAGAACUGACAAAUGAGCAUAGUUAUCGUCUUUCCUUUAGUGUGUGUGUGUGUGUGUGUGUGUGUGUGUGUGUGUGUGUGUGUGUGUGUGUGUGUGUGUGUGUGUGUGUGUGUGUGUGUGUGUGUGUGUGUGUGUGUGUGUGUGUGUGUGUGUGUGUGUGUGUGUGUGUGCGAGUUAUGGAGGUUGUUUGUUUAGUUAGGCUUCUCUUUUGUUUUGUUUUUUGUGACUGGGGCUAUUGCUUGGUGCUCUUCAGUGAGCGAGGCAGUUUCCUUUGGGGUUUGUUGUAUAUUGAAUCAAACCUAGAGUGGAUAGAAAUGUGAAUACACAGUCGUAGCCCAACACCGCGUUUUGUUUAAUAAGCCGAAUCUCAUUCGAUACGCACUCAAUUGAAUGCAUGCAGUAUUUCUGUGUUUUCACAUCAAUACCCUGUGAAUUCAGAUCCAGUUUACCCAGCUACUGACGUAUUUAUUUACAGUCCGUCGGACCAUCAUUUUGUGAAUGUGCUCUUUCCUGUUCCACACUCCUUAAUUGAGUGUGUUUAGGUCUACAAAGUAUGAAUUAAUCCUAAACCAUGUCAGAGAAGCUCAGUAAGCCAUGAUAGUGUUUUUUUAUUAAGCGUCUCAUGUCAGGGAUGUUUUAUCUGACUUUCUUUGUGAAUCAAAGUGAAAAAAAACCCUGUUGUUGUCCCCUUACACAAUACAUAGGGUGGAGGCAUGACAAACUUUGAAAUAGUAGCCUGUAUUCUGGACCUGUUUUGAAAUUGACAUUGAGACAAGAGGGACUAAUGUCCAUUAUUGCUGUUUUUCAUGAUUCAAUUGUUUAACUGUAUAUACUAUAAAACUGUGUUCCGUGUCUGGUUUUGAUUGUGUCAGGCCUACCCAUUUCCCAUUUGAAAAUGGGUGACCCGUUUCAAACCAAAUGAAAGGGAAGCUAGCUAAUAUGCAAUCGGUAUAAUUGGUCGGUCCUCAGCUCUUUAAUGCUAUAUGAAUGUCAUGGAGUCACAUUAACGUCACGUGCAUUAACAUUAAUGUUAACAUUUGUGCAGUGAUCGUGUUUCAGUGGUCAUGCCCAAUGAGAUUGGUUUGCGGAAGAGGGAUGAGGGUGAGUUGACCAUUGUUGUGCUUUGACUUGGAGCAGAAGUUGCUUUGAAUUGUCCUUUACCCUGUUAUCGUGAAACAGCAUGUGUCCAAGCACCCUCCAAAAUGAUCAGAUGAAUUACCCAUUAUUGCUUAUCUCUGGUACAAAAUACUUGUAAUAAGGUAUCAUACAUCUACCAUAUAGUUUACUGAAUACAAGUAAUUAACAUUUAUUACGUUUGAUGAAUAUUUAGGUUUGAAUCAUAUUUGGAAGAAAUAUAUUGAAAUAUAUCUUGACAUAUUGUUUUUGGGUUAUAUAUUCUGAUUUAAUUAUGCUGGAAACGGAUCAGAAACAGAAGCUAACUUAAUCAGAGCUUAGAUGGUAACACGUCUAUUGACGUGCCACAGCAGCAUUUCAUCAGUGGGCCAAGUGAUAUCUAGUUUCCAGAAACUGAGCUUUAUCAUAAUCAACAGCAAGCUUUCCUUCUUUUUUGAUUGUGGUUCUGUUGAUUUUAAUUGACCCACAAUAAUUAUAAUGAAGAGGAGGCAGGCUCAUCUAUGUUUAAAAUGCAGCUCUCAAUCUAGUUGUCCAUGAUGAUAUCAUACUGAUUGGUCAACCUUGGCUCCAUUUAACCAACUCACACAUAUGUGUUUGUAUCAAGUCUGAGUCGAGAUUAUCAGUAGCCUUGACACCAGUGUCUUUCAGCAAAGCUCCAUUGUUACUAUCCUACCAAGGGUGGUGACAACAGAGCUGACCAACACUGGGACUAUCUGCUAUCUAGACUACAGCCUGUAUAUUUUUAAGAUGAUAAGAUUGUUUUUCUGAGCAGAAAAUAGUUUCCUAUACAGAUCUGCUUUGUCCAUAGAAUGGGGAAAGCACCUUUUUUAUUUUCAUUUAUUUCAGAUCAUGGUGGCAAUUAUUUUUAUUUUGACAUGAACAUGUAUUCUCAGUUUGAGAUUCUGGUUGUGUUUUUUAUUUAGCAAAAGGAGGCCGUUUGAAAGUUUCACCAGGGGAGUGUUUGAGAUGGUAUGAAAAUAAUGUAUAAUUCGAAGAGCGGGGCAUUUAUUAAUCAUUGGAUAAAGUCCCCCCAAAUGCACUAGAAAACACAUACUUUAUACCAUCCAAACAUGUUGCCAACAACAAUAGUUAAGGUACAAUUGUAGAUGGAUCAGAAACACUCCUUCGGUGAAUAACAGACCUUUGUACAUGGAACAAUGAUGGCAUUAGAAAGUGUUCCUUUAAGGUGCCUGAGUAGGGUUUGUUUUUAAUUAGUCUUUUAAGCUAAUUGAUUUGUCUGUCCAAGUGUUUUGUUUGUUUUUGUUUGUUAAUGAUAACCGUACAGAAUCUAUCAAAUAAGCUAGCUUGAAUAUUUUCCUCCAUACAGAAAAGUACAAAUGUUUACGAUAUCUAAUUAACCAAAUAGCAAGUAUGCGUUUGAGAAUCAAUCAGUCUGUCACUAAAAAUGACUGAUCGAUUGAUUUGAUUUAUUUCUUUCCUCUGUCAUUUUAAACUUGAAGAUGUUAUGACUGCUUAUUCUUUUGUUUAGAUGUUGUUGUUUACUUGUCAAACAGUGCUCCCUCAAUAUGACAAAAGAAGAAUUGUUACCAUCAUCUGCUUAGAACAAAAUAUGUUUCUUUUUUUUAAAGGCACCCAGGGCGGAAUGGUCCCUGGGUGGCUUAGAAUCAUUAAGGAGAUGCUGAACAGGCCGGUAUGCAUGUGUUUUUCUGUUUCUCAUGACAAAAAGGUUGAUUUCAGUCUUGGAGGUGUGUUUCCUGACCGAUUCCUCAUUUAGUUAAUAAUGUUUGUCCCCCAUCAGACACUGGAAGCCUAUUUCCCCUCCUCAAAAUCCCAGAAUGAAUCUAGGAUAAGAAGAAAUCUGUCAUUCAUUUAGACUUUUUGGCCGAGGAUGUUUUAGUUGCAAAAUUAGAAAUCUGACUAAGGUGUUUGGUGCAGUAUUUCUCAAGUUAAAAAAAAUCAGAGACGCAUUGUCUUACGAGCACGUCUACCUUACUGUCUAUGCUAUUGGAUAGAGAGAAAUCACCGCAGCUGUUCAUCCCAUGUUAGUGGGUAAAUCAAAACCCAACAUUAAUUUACCUGUUGUGACACACGGAUGUUCCAAACUCCGUUUUAGACCAGACUGACCCUAUGACAAAAAUGAUCCUAUUUACACUUUGUUGUAAAUUUUGACAUUAGAAUAAAUGUUUCUGACACAUAUCGAUGACACAAAUCCUAACUUUAGACAAUCUUAAUUUAGCGUUUUUGCACAUCGUGCAUUGAUAUCAAUGGGAGAUUUUAAAAAUAAUAAUAAUAAUACAUUCAUUUUUUGGAGUUAGUCACAAAUCUCAAGUUAGGUUUUGGCUGUAGAUUACACCAUAGAUGAUUUGGGAGGCUCUAGUUUUCAGACUGCUUUUCAAGAGUGAGAGAGAGGUUUAGCCAACUAGUACAUUUUAAUUUGGAAAUUGGAAAUGAGAAGAGGCAUGGGUUUCGAUUUUGCACUAAGAGGUCAUCCUUGUCUCACUAAGAUGGAGAAAUGCAGUACAUUCGUUGACCUUCUCUCUGUCAUUCAAAACAGACUCAAUUAAAAAUGAUGCUUUCGUUUACUUCUGUUAUCUAAUCUCUGCAACCCUUCAAUGUAGAUUUCAUCCUAGGUGGUGUUUGUGAUCAUGUGACAGUUGUAGUAUGCACGUCCGGUACAUUUUGACAAGCCUUUAUUUGCUUUGGAGAAAUCAAAGUACAGUAUGAUAAUAUGAUUCUUAUUGUAGCGAGAUUUGGCGUCAUGUUUUUCCCUUUUUUCAAAACGGUAAAAUGGACAUGAACCAGACUGUCUGAUAAAGCUACUCUACACCAAAGUGCAAUUGAACUCAGAGGGAGCACUGUUGGUGAACCAGUGGGAGUCUUCUCUCCUGGUUGUGGUGUGCACAAUCUUUAUGUAUGGAAGAUUCUUCUUCUUCUCAUCUUUUUCCAGUCUGUCUUAGAUAUUUCAGAUGCAACAUUUUUUAUUUUGUUUUCUGUGUACAGCUUGCUUCGGAGUUGUCUCAAACAGGUACUCUUACUUCUGUACGGUUCUUUCCUUAGGAUGAUGCAAUGAUUUAAAAAAAUAAUAAUAAAAUAUGUAAGAAAAAGAAA